AUGGCGACCAGCCUCGCCGACGGCCUCCUCCUCGGCGAUGACUCCGACGACGUCGAGUGCGCCGACGCUGCCACGCGCGAGUCGCUCUGGCGUCCACCCACACAGCCGCCUCUCCGGCUCGGCUUCCCAGACGGCUGGCCCGACUCGUUCCGCUCAUGCCCGCCACUCAAGCGCCUGCUGGGUGGCUCCCACCUGCGCGGCUCCCGCUGCCGGGCGGUGGAGCCGCCGUCCGCCGCCGAGCUGACUGCGGCUGCCGCCGCGGGAGUCGUGCCGCUUCCGCUGAGAUCGUUUGCGAACGCGACUCGUCUCGCCGAGGCGUCCGUCGGGACCAGCGUCGUGCGGGGCUUUUGCGUCUUCGAGCGGCUGCGGGACGAGCCGUCGGGCGCGGAGCGCAUCUUCGUCGGCGUCCGCCACUGGUGGAAUGCCGAUGCGACUGGUCGUUGGGUCGACAUCACGCCUCCGCUCGUGGCGUCCGCCCGCCGCUCACUCCUCGUCGAGUCGCCGCUCGGCGUCAAGAGCGGCUCGCCUCCGACUCCCGCCACCCGCGCCGCCUCCGCGGCGCUCGCGCGCGUGCUCGCGGCAGCGGCGGGCGGGGAGGCCGCGGCUCACGACACCGGCGCGGCCUCUCCCUCGUCGCCCUCCGCUGCAGCAUCGCUUGGCCCUGCCGCCGCCGGCGGCGGCGGCGGCGAUGGCGGCGCUUUGGCCGCUCAAGGCCUGCCCGACGCUGCCGGCGAGGAGCACGGCGUCAGUGCGGGCGGUGGGCCGGGUGCCGCUCCAGCCGACGCUGCGCAUACUGCGCAGGCUGCGUCGCUUACUUCGGCCGGCGCGGAGGCCGGCGCGACCGCGCGGCGUCUCGCCGAGGAGAGCGGCGCUCCUCCGGCGGCGGUUGCGGCAGCUGCAGCCGCCGCAGAGGCGGCAGUCUCGCUCGGCGCAAAGAUGGACGCAGCCAUGGCGGUGGCGUCGGCCGAGGCACUGCGCGCCUCGCAGGGCGCGCCCACCCCGGAAGAGGCGGCCGCGGCGGCGGCGGCGGCAGUGCGCAAGGCCGCGUCGGGGCACGCAGGGCGGAUGGCGGCGGGGGCGGCGCGGCGAGCCGGGGCGCCUCAGGCGGCGAUUGGGGCGGCCGAGGAGGCGGCUGCCGCCGCGAUCUGCUCGGGCAAGACGCACGCGGAGGCGGCGGCGGCGGCGGACGAGGCGGCGCGGCUCGCGGCCGAGGCGGAGGCGGCGGCGGCGGGGCAGGAGACCGCGGCGGCGAUCCGAGAGCAGGAGGAGGCAGCGGGGCGGGCUGCGGCGGUGGCGGACGCGGCGGCGCAGGUGCGGCGGCAGGGGAUGAUGGCGCUGCGCGCUGAGGACCUGUCGGCUCUGGGCGCCAAGGUCGAGAAGGAGGAGGAGGCGGUGCGUGCGCACCAGGACGAGGUGCGGCGCGCCGCGGAGCGUCUCGCCGCUGGCUGCGGCGAUGCGCUCGACCAGGCGACAGUCGAUGAGCUUCCGCCCGCCGCGCCGACGGCCGACAUGAUGCGCGAGGCCAUGGGCGGGCGGGACGCUACGCGGGCGGAGGCGGGUGUGGCAGAGGAGGCCAGGUGGGCGGAGGCGGGUGUGGCGGAGGAGGCUGCAGCAGAGGCGAAGCGGCGGGUGGCGCGGGCCGAGGUUUGCCGCUCCAGAGGCAACGAGAGCUUCGUCGAGGCUGGCCGCGUUCAAGGCAGCGCCGACGCGCGCGCGAUGCUUUGCGAGGCGCUGGAGCAGUAUGAGGCUGGGAUCGCGGAGCUGCGGCACCCGCCCGCCGCCCGCUGCUCGCCCUCCCUGCUGGCCACUCUCCACGCCAACGCCGCCGCAGUCCACUUGCGGCUAGGGGCGUGGGAGGCUGCGCGCGCGAGCGCGUCCGCGGGCCUGCGGUUCGCCCCGUCGCACGUCAAGCUGCGUGUGCGCCGCGCCGAAGCCUCCGGCCGGUUGGGCUGCCACCGCAGCGCGUGCGACGACCUCUGGGCAGCGGUGCGCAGCGCAGGCAGCGCGGCGGCGAAGAGCACCGCCGUCGCCUCCCUCGUGCGUGCGUGGGCGGGCCGUGCGCCGCGCGCCGCCGCGUUUGUCCACGGGGCACUCGCCGUGGACGGGAGCCGCGGCCGCGGCGAGGGUGGCGGCGAGGGAGGGGUUGGCUGUGAUGGCGACGUCGGAGAGGGCGACAACGGCGAUGGCGGCGCAAAGGCGGGCCGCAGUGCGUCGGCGAGUGCGGAGGCGGCGGGCGUGGUGUCGCUCGCUCUCUGUCGCGCCCUGCACGCGGACGGCCGCAGUCGCGAGUGGGCGCACGGCGGAGAGUCAGCGGAGUCGGAGGCGAGAGCUGCCGUCAGCACGCGUCCUCUGCUCGUCGCCGGCGCGGGCUCGCUGGCCGCUGCGUCGCUUCCUUUGGCCGACGGCGGCGACGGCGGUGGCGCCGCGGCGUUGCUGCGCCUAGCGGCGUGGCUCUGUGCGUGCCCGGCGGCGGAUGCGGCCGAAGCCGCCCUCAUCGUCGCGCUCGCCGCGCCCGCAGACGAUGGCGGCUGGGCAGGCGAGGGCGGCGAUGCGAGCGAGCUCGCCGCGCCGGCGCAGCCGCCCUCGCUGCUCGAGGCGCUGACUCGCGACGGCGGCUGCUCGGAGGCGGCGGCGAGCGGCUGGAUGGUGACCGUGCCACGCGACUCGCUCGGACCGCUCCUCGCCCGUGCCGCCAGCCUUCACAAGGCCACUCGCGUGCUGGGCCCUUGGGCAUUGGACGAAGAGGCGGCGGAGGGACGCACCAUCGCGGCUCAGGAGACGGGAGUGUGCUUGGGCGACGGCGGGGACUGA